AUGGACUACAAUCUCGAUCCUUCCAACUCACUGCGCGAAAUCUCAUCUUUCGCUGAUGCACCGGCACAGUCUCCUUUGUCGAUGUGGACGCUCUUAGCUUUCAUACCUUUGGCCAUUCUCAUUGGACUCGUAACCAAAGGGCUGUACAACGUUUACCUCCACCCGCUGUCAAAGAUCCCCGGUCCGUUCCUUUCGACAUUCACCGAAGUCGUUUACCUGUGGUAUUGGGUCAAGGGUGAUCUGGUCAGCUACAUCUAUGACCUACACCGACAAUAUGGCAAAACAGUUCGCCUUGCGCCGAACAGGCUGAGCUUUCUCGAUGGAGAGGUCUGGAAGGAUCUCCACGGCUACAAGACUUCAGCCCACAAGGGGGUGACCGUCAUGAAGGACCCGGAGCAGUACGGACCGGAGAGCAAUGGACGCUUCUCGUUGCUCGCUACAUUUGACGACGCCCAUCACAAGGCUCUCAGGAAGGUUUUCCAGCCCGGAUUUUCCGACCGCGCCCUCAAGGCCCAGGAGCACAUCAUCCGCGCUCACGUCAACAAGCUUGUUCGCAACGUCUCCCGAUCCGUCGUCGCGGACCCCGAGCAACCGAUCGAUUUCGUCCGAUGGUUCAACUGCACUACAUUCGAUAUCAUUGGCGAGCUUGCAUUCGGAGAGAGCCUUGGGCUGCUUGACGACGGUAAAAUGUACGGAUGGGUUGAAAGUCUCAACGAGAGCCUCAUCCUUGCGCCGUUCAUUACGCUUGCGGAUAGGUUCCCCUUGGUCACAAAAUUGGUUACGAUGAUGCUGCCGGAGCGUGUUAAGAGCAGUCAACAACAGAGCACGCAGUACGCAACUGAAAUGGUGGAGAAGCGGCUGGCAAAGGGGAAAGUCACGGAGAAGCCUGAUUUCUGGAGCCUGGUCCUCAACAACGAGGACAGCAAAAUUCUUGACGCUGAGGACAUGAAGGCCAACGCGAACCUCUUCAUGGCUGCUGGCUCCGAGACGACUGCAACCACGCUGUCCGGACUGAUGUACAACCUCCUCUCCAAUCCGGAUAAACUGGAGAAACUUUUGCAGGAAAUCCGCUCCAGCUUCACAACCGAAGAAGACCUUACCAUUGAGAAUAUUCAGAAGCUCAAGUAUCUGGGAGCUUGUUUCGAUGAGUCUAUGCGAAUGUACCCUGCGACUCCUCUGGGACCUCCACGCAUCGUCCUCAAUGGCGGCGGACAGGUGAACGGGCAAUUCGUACCUGAGAAGACUACAGUUUCCAUCUCGAUCUACUCUACCUACCACUCGUCACACCACUUCAAGGAUCACGACACCUUUGUCCCGGAGCGCUGGAUGCCGUCCGACCCGUUGUACGAAAAGUACGCUGACGAUCGCCGGGAAGUUUUCCAGCCAUUCUCUUACGGGCCCAGGAACUGCAUUGGCAAGAACCUGGCUCUGCACGAGAUGCGUUUGAUUGCGGCUAGUCUGUUGUGGCACUUUGAUUUCGAGCUUUGCGAGGCCAGCCGUGGCACUUGGACUAACCAGAAAUGCUACUGGGGUCUGUGGUAUAAAGAUCCGCUCUGGCUUAAGGCGAAACCUAUCGGAAAGAACGCAAUCGCCUCGGCCUAG